CGACAAUCGUAGGACGACCCGGAGAUAGUCUACACUAGGGGUACCUUCUCUUCUGAAGCGAAAGUUAGAGCCAUCCGAAGCGCUCUUGACCAUGCCAUCCGACCAUACCACCACAAUGCCCAUCUCUCGAUCUAUGACAGCCAUCGUGGCAGCCACUACAUCUAAUGGUAUAGGAAAGAACGGUACACUUGCCUGGAGGCUUCCGGGCGAGAUGAAAUACUUUGCCAGGGUGACGACGGGUGAAUCUCCGACAACGCCCAACGCCGUGAUCAUGGGUCGAAAGACCUGGGAAUCUAUACCAGCAAAGUUUAGACCGUUAAAGGAUAGACACAAUAUCGUCGUAUCUCGACAAGAGCUGGACCUGCCUGGCGAAUCGACUUCCUCCGCUACCUCUCUGGAAUCUGCCCUUACUCAGACUCGAGGGGCACAUAGGAUCUUCCUCAUGGGUGGUGCUCAACUGUACAACGAGGCUCUGAACCAGAGCUCAACUUCAACUCAGUCCCCUCUGGUCGACAGAGUGCUUUUGACUCGAAUCAUAAGCCCAGAAUACGCGUCUGAUGUCUUCCUCAAUGAUUUCGCAUCGACCCAAGUGGACGGCCGACCAAUAUGGUUGCGGUCGACCCAUGAGGAGCUCUGCAAGUGGCUAGGUUGGGAAGCGCCAAAGGGAGAGAUCGAGGAGAAGGGCACGACGUAUAGGUUUGAAAUGUGGGUCAGGCGGUGAAGUGUGAUCAUCAAUGCAACAUAUCAA